AUAUUUAAUAGGUUUGCCAUUGGAUUCAACCCAAUUACACUUGAAGAAAAUGGCAGCACAAGCACUUGUUUCAUCAUCAUCUCUUACUUCCUCCGGUGACUCCACCAGGCAAAUAUUGGCCGGAAAACCACUUCAAACACCAUCAAGAAAAGUCUCUUUUCUUGUCAAAGCUGCCUCUUCUCCCCCUGUCAAGCAAGGAGCAGGCAGACAACUCUGGUUUGCAUCAAAACAAUCACUUUCUUACUUAGACGGCAGUUUACCUGGUGAUUUCGGGUUCGACCCACUUGGGCUCUCAGACCCAGAAGGAACGGGUGGGUUCAUCGAGCCCAAAUGGCUAGCCUACGGUGAAGUCAUCAACGGGCGGUUCGCCAUGUUGGGUGCAGCCGGAGCCAUCGCACCUGAGAUUUUCGGGAAACUCGGUCUCAUCCCACCGGAAACCGCCCUCCCGUGGUUCCAAACUGGUGUCAUCCCGCCAGCUGGCACAUACAGCUAUUGGGCCGACCCGUGGACCCUAUUCUUCAUGGAAAUGGCACUCAUGGGUUUCGCAGAGCACCGAAGAUUCCAAGAUUGGUAUAACCCCGGGUCAAUGGGGAAACAAUACUUUCUAGGGUUGGAAAAAGGGUUUUCCGGGUCGGGUGACCCGGCAUACCCGGGCGGCCCGUUUUUUAACCCGUUAGGGUUUGGGAAAGAUGAAAAGUCAAUGAAAGAGUUAAAGUUGAAGGAAAUCAAGAAUGGUAGAUUGGCGAUGUUGGCGAUUUUGGGUUAUUUUAUUCAGGGUUUGGUUACGGGUGUUGGACCCUUCCAGAACUUUCUAGACCAUUUGGUUGACCCGGUCAACAACAAUGUGUUGACCAGCCUUAAGUUUCAUUAGAGUGUAAAUCUUUUUUUAAUACAUGGCAGAGUGUUAUUCGGAAUAUUAUAUAAUUUAAUUCGUAACAAAAUUUCAAGUUUAAGGUUA